AUGGACUUGCCGCUCUCUUGCACGCCGGUUGACCGUCGAGAUGCCGGUUUUCGGUGCCGCUCGACCUUUGACCAAUCGGGUCUGACUGAGGUCAUGGACCCGUGUGGUCCGUCGUCGUUCGUUCGUUCGGAAGAAGAGCGAGGAGAAAAAAAGAAUCCGCAAGCCAGCGUUGGCACCUCGCAUCCGCUCACUCUAGAACGUCAAGCCCUUCGCGUUAAUUACCGUCCUCUCGUUCAUCGGGGCACCCCGACCUCAGCAACGAUCAUGGUCUUCCAAGUCAGAGGGACGCCCAUUGGCGCCCUCACCAUCGUCAUUGCUGCACUGGCUUCGAUGGGAGGUUUCCUCUUCGGUUACGACACCGGUCAGAUCAGUGGCCUGCUCGAGAUGUCCGACUUCAAAUCUCGCUUCGCUACCGUCGACGAUCCUACCGCAGCCGGUGGGAAGGAUUGGAAUCCGUGGAUCGAGGGUGUCGUCGUCUCGCUUCUCAGCGUCGGUACGGCCAUCGGUGUGCUGAUUGGCGCUCCCCUCGCCGAUAAACUUGGCCGUCGUUACGCCAUGGUCGUCGAGUGCAUCGUUUUUGACAUCGGCGUCAUCAUUCAAGUCACUUCCUUCUACGCUUGGUACCAACUCGCCAUUGGACGUCUGAUCACCGGGCUUGGAGUGGGUGCUCUUUCUGCGGCGGUGCCCCUGUAUCAAUCCGAGACGGUCCCGCGACAGGUAAGAGGUGCUCUCGUUGGUACCUACCAGCUCUUCAUUACGUUCGGUAUUUUGCUCGCGUACUGCAUCAACAUUGGAACGCGCGAUUACAACAACUCGGCUCAGUGGCGAAUUCCCGUCGCCCUCGGCAUUCUUUUCUCCUCGAUCCUGGCCAUCGGUAUCAUCUUCUGCCCCGAAUCGCCUCGAUGGCUCGCAGCUCAAGGCCGCAACGAAGAGGCUUACAGGUCGUGUGCGGCAGUUCGCGGUGCCAAGUACGGCGACGGAAACCCCUGGGUCGAGGCGGAGUACCGCGAAAUCAUUGCCGUCGUCAAGGCUGACGAGCAAAUGAAGCAAGCUGGCUGGUUAGACUGCUUCAAGCCCCGCAACAAGACCCUCUACCGAACUCUGCUCGGAAUGACCCUUCAGGCGGGCCAGCAAUUCACCGGUGCCAACUACUUUUUCUACUUCGGAACGGCCAUCUUCCAGCGUGCUGGCCUGAAUGACUCGUUCAUCACCCAGAUCAUUCUCGGUGCCGUCAACUUUGUUUGCACCUUCCUCGGCCUCUACAUCCUCGAGCGCUUCGGUCGAAGGUGGCCUCUCAUCUACGGUGCCGCUUGGCAGUCGUUCUGGCUCUUCGUCUUUGCCAUUGCCGGUGUGGUUGGUGGCCCGCUUCCCGAAGAGAUCUCUCCAGGCAUCGGCAAGCUCCUCAUCGUCGCUGCUUGCUUCUUUAUUUUGGGCUACGCUUCCACCUGGGCUCCCGGCAUCUGGAUCUGGAUCGGCGAGUCGUUCUCCUACAGGACCAGGGCGAAACAAGCUUCUUUGGCCACCCUCGCUAAUUGGGUAAGCAACUUCCUCAUCAGCUACUUCAGUUCCCCGAUCGCCAACAACAUCCACUUCGCCUACGGCUUCGUGUUCGCCGGCUGCAACUUGGCGAACUGCUUGAUCGCCUUCUUCUUCGUCUACGAGUCGGCGGACUUGACGCUCGAGGAUGUGGACGCCAUGUACAACGACCCCAACUGCAAGCCUUGGAACUCGACGAAGUGGGUACCCGCUGGUUACACUUCGCGAGACCAGAUCAAGGAGAAGGACUCGGGUCAGGCCAGCGAGGUCGGCGAGUGGAGCAACUCGCCUUCGGCGCUUCCUGACGAGCAGGAGAAGAACAAGGCCAACCCUCUCCAGGUUGCCUGA